GGAUAGUGUCGCAGGUUACAACGAUUGUAUCUUAACGUCGGCAGCACGUUAGCUUGUAGGCUAGCGUUAGCUAAAUAACAAAAGCACGUCGGUACAUUUGACGUGUAUAAGUAAACAAAACGGAAUUGUCACAAGUCAAGCUUUCCUUCAUUGAUGCAGGUGCUGACAAAUAGAAAGAAGAGAGUUGAAAACACCCCAGGACCUCAGGUUUGACCUCAAGUGGGUGCAGUUUAUCACACCAUGUUGGUGACAGCAUAUCUUGCCAUCAUUUUCCUGCUUGCCCUGUGUGUUGGCCUGGAGCUCACAGCUCGCCGCCUCACCCCACCUCAGUCUACUCCUACUGCUGUAGCCAACCCAGUGUUCCGUCGCUUCCAGAGUAUAUUCCUCCGGGCAUACCUUUUGGCUUUGUGGGCAGACUGGCUCCAGGGUCCUUACCUCUACAAACUGUACCGCCACUACAGCUUCCUGGAAUCCCAAAUAGCCAUCUUAUAUGUGUGUGGCCUGGCCUCCUGUGUUCUGUUUGCUCCUGUUUCAGGCUGGCUCCCUCAAGUCUUGGGCCGCAGACAGACAUGUCUUCUCUUCUGCCUGUCCUACUCUGCUUGUUGCCUCACUAAGCUGUCCACAGACUACUUUGUUUUGAUUGUGGGUCGGAUCCUGGGGGGUCUGUCCACAUCCCUACUCACCACCACAUUUGAAAACUGGUACGUGCACCGUCAUGUAGAAGUCCACGAUUUUCCCAAGGACUGGAUCCCCAGUACCUUCGCAAAAGCUGCUACCUGGAAUCAUGGGCUCGCUGUGGGAGCAGGGUUGGUGGCUAACUUACUGGCUGAGUGGCUCCACCUGGGGCCGGUGGCUCCCUUUCUCCUGGCUAUCCCCUGCUUGGUGUGCUGUGGCUGGGUGGUGCUAACAGACUGGGGCAAGGAAGAGGCCGAAGAAGUUCCUGAAGGGGACAAACAAAAACUGCCUCUUGGCACUCCAAAUGGAGGUGAAACCCGUUUGUCUGCGAGGGCCCGUUUCUCACGCAGCUGCUUUGAUGGGUUGCGUUGCCUGCUGUCAGACAGGAGAGUUAUGCUCUUAGGUGGAGUGCAGGCUCUAUUUGAAAGUGUCCUCUACAUUUUUGUUUUCCUGUGGACCCCUGUACUGGACCCUCAUGGGCCUCCUUUAGGAAUAGUGUUCUCUUGCCUGAUGGCUGCCAGCAUGGCCGGCUCCUUGCUCUACCGCCUAGCCACCUCCACACGCUACCGUCUGCAGCCUGGCCAUGUUCUCUGCCUGGCUGUGCUGAUGGCUUUCUUCUCCCUCUUCAUGCUGACCUUCUCCACUGCCCCAGGCCAACCUAGACCACAUGAAUCCUUUCUGGCCUUCCUGCUGCUGGAGCUGGCCUGCGGACUCUACUUUCCUGCAGUCAGCUUUCUCCAGGGCAGGGUGAUCCCAGAGGGGAAGCGGACCAGCGUGCUGGCCUGGUUCCGGCUGCCUCUGCACCUGCUUGCUUGCCUCGGGCUGCUGGCGCUACAUGGGGAGAUAUCAGGAACAGGUGGAGGGGAGGAGGGCAGCGGCACCAGCCACAUGUUUGGAGGCUGUGCAGUUAUGAUGCUGGCAGCUUUGAUGGCUGUAGUCAGUCUGUUCACUCUGGGCAGAAAUGACACAGACCUGAGACUGGAAGGAACCAGAGGGGAGGGGGAGAUGUUCUGAGAAGAGGGUCCACAUUUUCAUUUAUGCUUGACUGGUUUCAUGUGUAAUGUGCCAGUUUUGUGUGACUUAAAGUCCAGACGUCAUGUGUUCGACUGGAACAUAAAUCUAUGUUUUGCCAAAUGCAAAAAAGAAAAAGUGAAGGAAAUCAAAGUUUUUGCUAUUUAAAAGCUAAAUUUAAUAUUAUUUUUUAUAUGUUGCCUUGUUACUUCUUUGUUGUUUCUUUGGGAGAGAAUUUUACAAAUCCUGUCUGUAGGUAUGCUUUAGGAACAUGGCCACACAACCUACAUUUCUGGAAUAUCUCAAAACUCCUGUAUUAUUCCAGAUAACAUGCUAUUGCCUCAUUGCUUCCACCUAGAGGGAGACGGGGGGGGGGGGGGGAUUUGUUUGACAGGAUAUAACUAAAUUCAACCAUCAGUAUCCCCAUCAAUAAUGUAGUAGUUCCAUCAUAUGUUUAAAAACAGACAUGAAAGUAAUUUACAGAGAGCUCAAUAAAUAUCCAAAGAAAUAAUGUCAUGACUAGCAUGUGGACCAGUAUCUGAAUGUCAGUUCUUUAAAUAUUUAUGUGUUUUUUUUCAUCUGUUUUUUUUUUUAUUGUAGAGAAAUCUACAGUUGGUCAGUUUUCCUUUUGAAUGAUUUUUCUGCAACAUCAGGGUAGUUUAUCUGUAUUGUCUUAACAUUUCUGUGCUCUUUACACUUUUAAAUAAAAGUGAACAUAUUGUACAUAAUGAAAA